GUUAACCGUGCUCCCUCACUUGUUUUACACGCAGUAAGAAACGUAAAGAAAAGUUUGGCGAGACGUUCAGUAUUUUAAUUAGUGACAGGCAAGGGAUUGUUGUGUUGUUAUAUGUCUUACUCAGAGCAAAGCCCGCUGUACAAAUGUUGAUAAAGUGACAUAAGUGAUUCGUCGCAAGGUUAAUAAUUUGUUCAACUAAGAAUUUUGUCAGUGGCAUUUGGAAUGUUCUAUACAGCGCUUCGUUACAGAGAACAUGACCGUUUCUGUAUUUGACAAGCGUUUGUAUCAACGGUAGUGCUGACGUGCUUCGUGGCUCGCGCCUGUACAUAUGUCAAUGCGGAAGUGACCUGAGUUUAGGAGGUAUCUUUGACUAACUGAUGCGACUCACAAUAAUUAAACCCAGUUUUGAGCAAGAAAUGUUGAAGUCAAGCAAAUAAAAAUCCCCAGAUAAAUAUGUGGACGAGGAAGUCUCUGUUUUGUCAGUACCGAGAGUUUGAGUUCGUGUUGCGUAUGCAAUCCUGAAACCUGACGGAGUUGAAAACAACUCGUCUUUUUUGCAUACCGUUCGUAGCACAUCCGAAGAGUGAGGGAUAUUUACCUUUUUGUCACAAGUCAGGGAGGCAGGUUUCACAUGACGCAAUGUUUGUGCAUUUACAGUAUGUACAUGUGAAAAUUCCGUGUCUUGUAUUUCAUGCAACCUUACAUUGUCUAGCUUUUGGUAUUUUGGAGCAAAACAAGACGUUAAAGAGCUCAUUGUACAGUUUCAAAACAUAAUAUUUUGGUAUUUAAAGGUAGGAGGUUAACUUGAGAAGACACCUUGGGGAAAAAUAGCAGUUCUUAAACGGGCUGUAGUUGUAGAAUCUAUGUUUCCUUGACUCCUGGCUUUGGAGGGAUGGGAGUAAGAAAACUGCACCUGAAGUUUACGCUUAUUGAAUUUGAAUGAAUGAAAUGUUUCCCAAACUUCAGCCUUUUAUAUAUGAAAUAUUUAGUCUUUGUAAGUGAUUUUUACCCUCUUAUCGUUCUCUCUCUCUGUGAUUCAUUUCAGCUUCUGUCUCUGUAGGCGUUCUCCUGUCUGCUGUCUUUGCACAGCUGACUCAGUACUUUUAUUGGAGUGUAACUCCAAAUCAUUUCAAAAUAAGAAAAAAAGACAAAUGUGCAAAGACAGCAAUACAGCAAAGGAGAAAGUUCUCGUCUCUUUUUACAUUUGCAUUGACAAAUGAGCAACAUGAUGGGCCAGAUUUAAGAUUUUGUUGACUUUAGAAAAAAGCAAAGCACUUCUUUUAGGUAUUCUUUUCCACAGAGGCCUACUGCUCUGUGAUGACUUCCUUUAUAUUUAGCCCAAGUCAUGGUUUAAAUCCAAGCAUGCAACACAUUUGUUUGAUUUCUUCCCGGUAUCAAUGGGAUUCAGGUGGAUUUUUAAGCGCUGGUAGAGCAUUUCUGCUGGAGAGUCCUCUCUUUUUUUUAUGGCCGAGAGAGUGGUGGUCAUGACCAGAAACGGUGUGGCCUGUGUGUGUGCGUUUUCAUGCCAGGUCUGUUUGAAUAGACUGUCCAAGCCUUUCAGAAAGUGCUGGUCUGGCUGUCAUGUGAAGUGCCAGAGAGGAAGUAUGAAUUCAGUGUGGUGUGUGGCGCGCUUGUGAAAUUGUAUAAGACAGAGGAAGCAUUAGUAUGUGGGUGAAUAUACUAGGAUUCUCUCAUGGAUUUUUCUAUUUUGCUUGCUUAUACUGAGAGGACUGGAACUCUGUCAUCUCUUAUGACCACUGAUCGAGCAGAAAGUAUGAUUUAGUGGAACAGCAACAGGCUGUAUGGACCCUAGUAGCUUUGUUCCAGGGGUUUCAAAGCUAUCAGGGGCAUCAGUUUGUGAGAUAGGAGAGCAUUAUGGUGACAGAAUUGCCGGUUCCUCAGAAGGAAAUGCACGUAAAGUUUCUAAGGACAGUUUGGCAGUUCAUGGAGUUGAAAAUUGCUCUUAAGAGGUGUUGAUGGAGCAGGGGAGGUCAGGGCAACACAGCCUGGUUGGAAGGGGACAUCUGCAUCCUUCUCUGUGGUCCCAAACCAUGAAUAUUGUGGGCCAGCUGGCAGAAACGGUCUUCGUAACAGUGAAGGAGCUGUACCAUGGUCUGAACCCUGCCACUCUCACUGGAGGGAUUGAUGUCAUCGUGGUGCGACAGCCUGAUGGAUCCUUCCACUGCUCCCCCUUUCAUGUUCGCUUUGGGAAGCUGGGUGUGCUGCGCUCCAAAGAGAAAAUUGUGGACAUUGAAAUAAAUGGAGAACCUGUGGAUCUGCACAUGAAGCUUGGGGACAAUGGAGAAGCUUUUUUUGUGGAGGAAAAUGAAAGUAGUGGGGUCCCAGCCCAUCUGUGCACCUCCCCAAUUCCUAUGGAGGACCCUGAGGAGAUUGAGGAGGCCACUGAAGGGACCCCCGUCACCGGGAGCCGCAGAAAGAAACGCCGACGGAAACGCAUGCGCUCUGAUGCCCACCUGAGAGAAGAGGCCAGCUCCUCAUCAGAAGAAAGAGACAGAGAGAAGGAGAGUGAGAGGGAGGCUGACCAGCCUCAGCAGGAAAGUCCCAUGGAGCUGUCCACACUGUUGCAAGUUAGUAAGUCUGUGUACUACUCGCUGUCUGAAGAGCCAAAUGAAGAGCUACGGAUCACGCAGCCCAGAGACACCCAUCCACACUCUGAAGGAGAACAGUCACCCUCAGAAAGUCGUCCAACCUCUCCUAAGAGUGACUCCGAGCUUAUGGUUAAAAGCCAAGAAUCGUUUGAGCCUCAGAUGCAGUGGAACUGGGGGGGCUUUCCAGUGCUUUGUCCACCAGAGAAAACACCGGUAGAGUUGGAGCACAUCUGUCAUUCAUCCUCUUCACAUUUCUGCGUCAUUAAGAGGCAGGACUCAUUUGACAUGGGCAAUGAGCCCAUAAUUAGAUGUGGGAGAACUGACACUGUAACGGUCAUCAAACCACAGCCAAGGACACAUUCCCUUGGUUUAGAUAUCCCUUCCAUGCAAAACUGCCCUUUAUCCCAAGAGAAAGACUCUCACAUUACCCCUUCUACCCUCAGCCACCACUUAAUGUCUUCUGCUUCAUCUAUGGAUGUAGAUUCAACAAAGAUUGUUGAAUAUACACUGGGUAAGGAGGAGAAGAAAGACGUAAGUUCUAAUGCAACCAGCCAAAAAAACGAUUCCUGUACUGCAGAAGAAAGCAUGGUCAUUGAUCAUGUUAGCACAGUGUCUGGUACAGUUAGCCCAGGAAAUGAGCAUGGGGUGGACACUGUGACCAAAACAAGCAUUGCACAACUCACAAGAGAAAUUGGUGAGUUAACAGUCUUAGAACCAAGUCAGGGAGGUACAGAGGCAACAGAACUGCAGCAGCAGGUGGUCAGCGAUCAGGGUCCUAGCAAUAGCGCCCCGGUCAGUGAAGGGGACAGUGGAAUAGAACCCUGUAGCGAGGCACCGGAGGAGGACAGUGUCCCUGAAGUGGCUGAUGGGCAAGGAGGAAACUCAAAAGCAGCAAUAACAGACACAGGGGUGGAUGUGACUGCCGCAGAGGGGCUUACAAAGUCUUCUGAUGCUUCUGUCAAAGUUGAGCUACAGGACAAGAAGAAAGGUAAAAGAAAUCAACACCUGGGCCCGUCUGAUAUUUAUUUGGAUGACCUGACCAAACUGGACCCUGAGGCGGCUGCUCUUUAUUUCCCCAAAAGUGAGGCAGAGGGAGCUUUACAGCCAGGAGCAGAGCAGGACCUUUGCUCGGGUAGCCAGUCCCCUCAGUCUGUCGGCAGCGGGACAAUGGACAGUGGCACAGAGUACCUGUCAGACUCUGCCUGCUACAGCAUGGACAUCAGCAUGUCCCUCUGUGGACAAGAGGGAGACACCAGCCAGAUCACCAAAGAAAAGUUCAUGGAGCACCUUGUGACCUACCAGGAGUUUGCUAACAAUCCAGGAAUCAUAGAAGAUCCAAGUCUCGUUAUCUGCAUUAAUUCUAACUACUACAACUGGGCUGUGGCUGCUCCAAUGGUUCUGUCAAUGACAGCUUUCCAGAAAAACUUACCAAAGAGUACUAUAGAGCAACUGGUGAAGGACAAGAUGUCCAAAAAGUCUGGGCGCUGGUGGUUCUCCUGGAGACGAAGAGACAUGGAAAGCCAGCAAAAACUCUCAAAGGAUGGGCAGGAAGAGUCAGUGCUGAUUGUUUCCUCUACAGUGAAUGAUGAGGCUGCCGGGCUUGGCCGAAAAGCCAGCCUCCCUUCCAGCCUAUCUACAGAAACUCUGAACGCCACUCAGUCUAUCAGCCAGAUGUACCGCAAAUCACUGCGUCUGACGUCUCAACAGAUAGAGCAUCUAAAUCUGCGUGAAGGGGCCAAUAAAGUAGUGUUCAGCGUGACCACUCAGUACCAGGGAACCUGCCGCUGUGAGGCUGCCAUCUACCUGUGGAACUGGGACGAUCGGGUGAUCAUAUCAGACAUUGAUGGCACCAUCACAAAGUCAGACGCUCUGGGUCAUAUUCUACCUCAGUUUGGAAAAGACUGGACACACCAAGGGAUUGCCAAACUAUACCACAAAAUACAUCAAAAUGGAUACAAGUUCCUGUACUGCUCGGCCAGGGCUAUUGGUAUGGCCGCCAUCACUAAAGACUACUUGCAGUGGGUCAAUGACAAAGGCACGGUGCUCCCUAAAGGUCCUGUGUUGCUGGCUCCCAGCAGCCUCUUUUCUGCACUACACAGAGAGGUGAUUGAGAAGAAACCAGAGGUGUUUAAGAUUGCCUGUCUCAGUGACAUCAGGGACUUGUUCAGUCCACUGCGACAGCCUUUCUACGCUGCCUUCGGCAACAGAACCAACGACGCUUUUGCCUACAAGCAGGUUGGAGUGCCUGAAACCAGAAUAUUCACAGUCAACCCUAAAGGAGAGCUAAUCCAGGAGAUGAGCAAAGGCAACAAGUCCUCGUACAGCCACCUCAGUGAGUUGGUGGAGCAUUUCUUCCCCAUGCGUGCGUCUGAGGGCAUGACUGCCUCUGUUCUACACUGUCCUGAUUACAGCAGUUUCUCCUACUGGAAGGAGCCUCUACCAAAACUGGACCUGGAUGCUCUGCUCUAAACACACUCGUAUAUAUGUACCAAACCCAUACAUGCACACUAAUUAACACACAAACCGGAUUUCUCCACAGAUGUUUUGCCUCUGGACUGUAGCAAGUGUUUGCUGUUGGUGGCAUGUUCCAUUUUAUUUUAUUUUUAGAAAAAUAAUGUUUAAAACAUGGGAAUUUCAGUUCUAGACACAAGCCAGACAUAUUUUUCUUGAAUAAAUUAAGUUAUGUUAUGCAGAAACCCUUCAAAUGUCAAACAUCUCGAGUGCCUUGCUGAAACACCAUGACAGAUAUGUGAGCAACUAAAGCCCAGACAUGCACCUGAAGCUACAGAACAAACUUGUUUCCUUUACUCAGUGGAGAUUCUAAAGAAUGUGUGCCUGUGGGAGAACAUUUUAUGUGUUUCAACAGAAUUUUAUUGCUACUUUUUCCAAGUAAUCUAGUGUGACUGGAGGGGGUAUUUGCAGAGCUUUUGUAGUCUGUGGGCUCUUGAUGAAUGUGAGAUUGCAGUUUGCUCCGAUCACUUCUGAUCUUUAAUAUUGCAACAUGCUCCUCGUGACAAGUUCUUAUCACUUCUGCUCUUGGUUAAAGAUGAAAUGCAAUGACAGACGCAGAAUCCGAUCAAAUAAUUGUCAGUUUGAAGCUACAGUAAGCAGAGAGUUCAGACAUAUCUGUACACUACAUGGAUGAGCAGGUGGGGUCUGUUCCAGGCUGAUAAGUGGACCUUUAAGGUGGUUUGGCUGGCUACGUGUCUUCCUACCUGAACUACACAGUUCUAUUUAUUGUAUUUGCUUGUAUGUUAUUGUCCAGCUGUGAGGAUUUGCCCCAGAGCUGAAAAGUUUGCUGAUAUUUUUUAUUCCAAAUGUGCAAAAAUAUCAAUGAAUUUCAAACAAUGUCUUUGUUGUUUGUCAUCCAAAUGUAAUGUCACUGAGCUCAUGCUCAGCCUUUAAAACGAGUUCCAUUUUAUUACCAAUAAAUGACUGAUUUAUUUA